AUGGCGUAUGGAGACACAAGAUCAGGACCGUCCUUCUUGGACUCAUUCUCGCUCUCGCCUCUACCGUUCCCGGUCCUUCUAAUCCUAGCCGUGGCUUCCAUCUUCCUAAUGACGUCAUGGUACUGGAGCUUCGAAGAAGCAGCCGAAUCCGCCGGGGAGCAGAUGAACCUUGCUCUUCUCUUGAUCCCUCUGCUUCUCAUAGUCUUGGUCCGGUGGCUAUCUUCCAUGGAGAACCCGGACGCGUUUCUCGGAGUGUUCUCGAGCCGUCGUCAGAUUUACAGGAGUCCCGGCGCCGGAGAUGAGGGUGGAAGCUCGCCUUGGGGAGUGGCGGCGGUGAUAGUGCUCUUGCUUGUUUUGCUAAACUAUCAGUCGAGUUUCUCGGAGAUGUGGUUUGGUUGA